GCUAAUUUAAAGCGUCGAUUCGUGAUGCCCCUUCAACAUGAAUUGAUAUGAGGUGCUCUUCACCGACGACAGUCCUUCUGCUGCUGCUCUGCCUGUGUCUUCCUGCUGUUGUUCAUGCUGACAUCACCAGCGCAAGCGUAAUACCGGUGUCUCUAAAAGCAGGCGCCGUCACUGACGUCGUAGUCACUUUCACGAGCGGAGUUGAUGUCGAAGUCAGCGGAUCAGUUCUGGUCGAGUUCCCCGCCGGAUUCCACAUCUCCAGCGGGACAACGGUAGCAGUCACCACAGCAGGCAGCACAACAACGCUGUCAGUCGCGUCCGUGUCGUCGACGCAGUUAUCGGUUCUGGUGGGGACGACGAAAAUCUUGGCGGGUGUGGCAUUCGGGUGUUCGGUGACGGACGUAACCAACCCGGGAGCACAGACAACCAGUGACUUCGAAUUAUCAACCUACGACUCCAGUAAUACACUUUUAGAGAGAAAUACGGCAAUAUCUGGUGUCGUUAUUGCAAUAACAACGCUGUCUGGCGCGACUGUGGCUCCCAACAGUCUAAACGCCGGCGUGACGGGGACGGCGACGGUGGCGUUCACGAGCGCCGUCCGCUUACCUGUCGGUAGUAAGAUCGAAGUGACGUUCCCAAGCGACUUCACGGUGGCGUCGUUGACGCUGUCGUCGGCCUCGAAUAUCGAUAGCAGCAGCACUGUGGCCACGUCCAGCUCCGUGGUAACCGUCACGAUCGCGGGCAGUGCAGUGACGGCUGGAUCCAGCGUCUCGUUCAAGCUGGACGGCGUGACGAACCCAGGCGCAAAGACGACGGGUACGUUUGUGGUGGCAACGACAGACAGCUCGUCGAAGAUUUUCCAGCAGGCGACGGGGGUUAGUGCAGCGACCAUUGUGAGCACGACACUGACUGACGUCUCCGUUGGUGUGGAUAACGAUAUCGCUGGUGUGGUGUCAAGUUAUUCUGUGGAUUUUAAAAUGAACGUUGGUAUUCCUGUAGGAGGGUAUGUGGUACUACUGGUGCCAACCGAUUAUUCUCUCUCUGGAAGUAUAUCUUUAGUUGAUUCGCAAGUGUCGACCACGUGGACUGGAGUAUUGGAUGGACAAUCGAUAAAAUUUAAGACCCUAACAUCCUACUCUGCAGGUCAGCAUAGUGUACAAGUCGAGUUUCUCGAAAAUCCAGGAGCAUCUACCACCGGGUCAUUUAAACUGUCUACGACCGAUGCGAAUGAGUUUCUUUUGGAGAGUGCGAGUUGUGCUGGUGUCAUGAUUGUAUCGGGUUCAAUUACAGAUGCAGUGUUCACACCGCAGUUGGCCCAUCCUGGGAUUGCGUCCCGAGUCGAUAUUUCUUUCACGACAUCCGCCGGUCUUGCAAAGAGCAGUCUCCUGAUUAUACAGCUCCCAGGUGGAGAAUACGAUGCAGCUGUACCGAGUCUAUCGGUUGUAGUUGCAACGCCAGCUAGCUGCAGUGCUGCUACCUCGUGGAAUAGCACGAACGCAGCGUUAUUGAUUUUAAUUACCAGUUCGACGACCAUUCCUCACGGUACUGUGGUGACAUUACAAGUAACGGCGUUGGAAAUGCCGCAAUCGAUACGGGCAACGUCUACCUCAGCAUCAAUUGAGAGCUGGAACGCUAAGGGGUUAAAACUGGACAGUUCUAGUACAUUAAAGCUCAGUGAGAUUACUGCAGUCCAGAGUCUUCCUUGUACGUGGUCUACGGAGACCCCGAAUCCUGGAAUCACGUCAAAUGCACUGGUAACUUUCAACACGAAUGGGAGAAUCCCAGUCGGUGGCAAAAUUGUUUUAAAAGUCCCAACAUCCGAUUUUUACGCCAACUCGACGGGAAAUGUUCCCUCCAUCGUGUUUAAAACCCCGAGUACAGUCGUUACCACAGCAACAUGGGAUGCCUCAAACGCCGCACUUGAGCUAGUAAUUGUAAACGACUCCAUCCCUUCCUACCAAGUAGGCAUUCAAGUGAAGAUCAUGAAGCUUAACACUCCAGUAUCUGUACGAACUGCUUCGAGGUUACCAGCAUCGUUGACGACUUUCGAUCCUCUUGGGAUUGCAAUCGAUGGCCCCAGUGUACUUGACAUGGACGCUAUCACAGCAGGCUUCAUUCUAGGCAGUCGUCUUUGGACCGCAGUGAACGCAGUGGCUGGUGUUACGAGUGACCAAACUAUUGACUUUUUCAUUACCGGUCGAGUGGAUCCUGGAGGGAAGUUUGAGUUCACUCUUCCUGAUACUAAGUGGAGUAUGGCCGCGUCUGAUGUGGCGACGUUUAUCUCACCAAAUCUCAGUGAUGUCGGUACGGUUGUGUGGGAUUCUCCCACUCGAAUGAUGACUGUAACUCUGACUGGAACGAAAUCUAUCCCCUCAUACUCUGGGGUUACACUACUCAUUCGAGACGUGUCCAAUCCACCAAAGGAGACGGGAAUUAACAACGCGUACCUCACAACUAGAGCUGCUGACAAUAGUAUCAUCGAUGGACCUGAUACAAUUUCGGUUAUGACUAUAUCACGAGGAGCGUUAACAGGUGAUAAAUUGUGGACAUCUAUCACUACCACAAGUGCGAGUAUGCAGAGCGAUCAACGCUUGAGAUUUACAUUAACUGGAGCUCUGCCAAGUGGUAGUAUCAUUCUAGUUACGCUCCCUGCUGGUGGCUGGCGAAUGGUAAAUAGCGCGGCAGUGUCAGCGUCUUUUACUCUACCAGCAGGAGUAACAGUUCAGUCAGUGAGUUGGUCUCCUAUGCUUUAUGAGUUGCGUGUUGUCACUACUGGGGAUAUGAGUGAAGGCACAGCGGUGGAGUUGAUUGUGAAGGAUAUGAUUAAUCCCUAUUCAAGCUCAAAAGCUGGUACCUGUACAGUAACAACGAUGCUACCAGACUCCGGGGUGGUUGCGGAGUCCAAGAGCAUUAUCGUAAAUGCAAUUACGAGCGAUAUGUUGCCUACAGAAGGUUCAUUUGUAUCGAGCGUUCCCACACCGGGAGUUCUAUCCACGCAGACAAUCACAUUCAAAACUGGAGGAAAGCUCGAGUCAGGCGCAAAGUUUUGCAUUUCAAUCACGGAAUGGACUCUCAUGGCCUCAACUUCCGCCUCGUUAACUCUGUCUGUAACGACACAGUCUUCUCCAUUGGCAAGUGAGUUAAACGCAGCAACCAAUACGCUUUGUAUGCAGACUGCAGUGGCGAUUGACCAAGAAACAAUUGUUACAAUUGUGUUGACGGAUAUUCUAUCACCACAGUCGAUUCGUCCGGAGAAAUUUACGAAACUAGAUAUCCAAAGUCACCUCGGUGGAGAUGUAAAUACAGGAUCGAUUCGCAUGAAUGCAGUCACGAAGGGGAAGUUAACAGGUCCAUCGACAUGGCAGUCCUUAGUUCGCAGUCCUGGUCCAGUUGCAGGCUUGAGAACCGCCGCGAACUUGGCCUUCAAAACAACCGGACAGAUCGCUGCAGGAGGGUCCAUCUUGGUGGAACUUCCGUUCGAAUGGGUCAUGGUAUCGACGUGUACAGCAACAUUCGUUCAUCCACCUGUGCGGGGGAAAGUUUUCUGCGGUCAGAACAACAUUAGCAUUAUAUUGUCGGACGAUCUGGUUGAAACUACCGACGUUAAUAUCUCGUUCACAGGUGUAUAUAACCCUCCUCUUGUGAUGCCGGAAGGGGUUGCGUCAUGUCAGACGAUUGCACCAGAUGGAGGAGAGAUCGAUGAGAGUAAUUAUAUCAUAACAGGAGCGAUCGUAGCAGCAGUGACAGGAAUUAUUGACUCGGGUGAUCAUCUCACUGCUGUGGUUGGACUGACUAAGACUUUCGUCUUUGAGGGAUUAACACUGGCUGAAAACGACGUCGUAAAGUUUGUGGAUGCAAGCACAACCAGCGACGCAAACUGUGGCGAAUCAACUACAGGUCAAUCAGAUGUUGGAGGUGUGAGUGUAAAGUAUUUGGGUACGAAUCUAGACAUUUCCGUCAAGUUCACGCAGUCGUCACAGGAUGGAAAACCAUUCGCAAUUUGCUACAAAUUUGGUGACAAUCCGUUCAAGUUAUACUCGACGCUCAGUAUAAUGGUCAAAGAGAUAAAGUUCGUGAGUUCGAACGUUGGAUUUCACGAUGUUGCAGUAGCAGAUUUCGUGAAAACUUGGACGUUUAAUGGCAAUGGGAUUUCGGCUGGAGAUCAGAUAAGGUGGAUCGAUCUCGACGUCGCACAAAGUGCGUCAUAUAUAUCAACACCGCCUGACUGUCUUGACACAUCGACACUGGCGAAGUUCGCUGCUCUUACUUCUGGGACUCUAAAUUCUCCAGAAGAUGAUUAUACUCGCGUUAUUCAGCAUAACUCGAAUGUCUCUUUUGCGUUCUCAGUGGAAAACAGCGGCAAAAAUUUCUGUCUAUGUUACAAGUUCGGAAACGAACCAUUCAUGGUCUACCCAGCUAUUAAAAUACAAGUUAAUCAUCUCCACAAAAUAGAAACUACAUCCACUGGAAGUGACGCGGUUGCAGUGGUAGAUGCUCCGAAAUCAUUAAAGUUUUUUGGUGAUGGUGUAGCACUGAACGAUCGAUUAUACUUCGUCGAAUUGGGUAGUGUAUCAACUUGUGAAGAAAGCGAUAUUGACAAAUCACUGCGACUACUACACUUGAUCAACAACCAAGUGCAAAGCGUGGUUUUCAUUGAUGGUAACUUUGUCACUACUGUCAAUUUCGAUGCCACUGCAGCAGGAAUGAUGGUGGUGCCUUGCUAUCAAUUCGGAAUGGAGUCGUACCAGCUCUACCAAAACAUUCGACUGAAAGUUAAGACGAUCAAUCGUUACACUGGAACACUAGGAUCUCCACAACUUGCGGUUGCUGAAGUUCCAGAACCGCUUACGUUCCUCGGGUUUGGCUUAAAUGGUGGAGAUCUGGUGCGAUGGAUCUUAAAUGGAGAGGAGGACUGCGAAAGUAAUCUCGCUUCUUUGACGGAUUCUAAAACGAUGGAGCUCGUAGAUACAAUCACAUUGGAUAACAACAGUGCAGCACUUUUCAACUUUACCAGCACGCAGAGUGAUUUCAACCCUGUGCUAUGCUACAAAUUCGGAGAAGAGAAUUUCAAAUUGUACCCUGAAAUUUCGAUUGCGAUCGGAACAAUCCGUGCCAAGUCUCCACAUGCAGGAGCGAAGGACAUUGCUGUAUCAGGAUCGCGAAAGAAUUUUACGCUGCUGGGAACAAAUCUUGCGGCAGGUGACCGAAUAGGCUGGACAAAUGUCAUCGAUUCGACUGUUCCUUGCUCGAAUCUGAGCCUACUAAACCCGAAUACGAUAAAUCUCGACAAUGACUAUUUGUCGUAUCUCACCAGCUCCUACACUUUCGGUGUCUCGCUGUCCUCUUUAAGCUCCGGAAAACGAGUGUAUCUUUGUUACGGGUUUGGGCAGGAGCCUUUCAAAUUGUUUACUGGAGUGUACUUGGAUGUCAAGAGUAUCACAAAUAUGCGAGCACUUGUUGGAAGCCCCAGCGUCGCAGUCGCCGGUGCACUCAAAACUUUUUUAUUCGAUGGAGACGGCGUGGCGACGGGUGAUUUUGCGAAAUUUGUGUCCGGUAACAACAGUGACUGCACGGAUCCGGGUGUUACACUGAUGAAUAUCAUUAAUGAAUACGACGACUACGACGAGAUGGCAAUGUUCUUGUACGAAGUUUCAGUCAAAACUACUACUGGAAGUUUUCAAGUAAACGAUGACACAAAAUCUUCGGGAUUAAAUCGCGUCUUGUGUUAUCGCUUUGGGGUGGAACCGUUCGUCUUUUACGAAAAUUUCCAUAUUGACGUGAAGACAAUUUGGAGACUUUAUCAGACAAACUUAAAGGCGGGAGGGCAGAACGAUGUAGUGGUGAUUAACGAACCAAAACAAAUGACAAUUGAUGGAGUUGGUAUCAGUGUAAAAGAUACACUAAAAUUUGUCAACACCGGGACAAAUAGUAAAGAUUCUGACUGUGUGGACCUACCAGCUCAAGGUCGAGCUGAUCAACACCUUUUAGUAGCGACAGAUCUGACUGUAACAUUGCCGUUCGACUAUGGAUCGAACGGUAGCAUGUGGGUCCUUUGUUACAAGUUUGAUGAUGAACCCUAUCGACUAUACCCUACUGUCGGAAUUUCAGUUAAGGAGAUCGCAGCGUUGUUAGAUUACACGUUUCAAGACAUUGCCGGCUUAGGAGGAGUCGCGACAAUUGGGCAUCGUAAGCAGUGGAAACUUGUAGGAUCAGGGAUCCAGGAGGGGGAUACGGUCAAGAUCGUACCACAAAGUGUAAUGUCGAGUAUAGAAUGUGGGAAAGCAGACGCCAAUAUCGCAACUGGGACAGCGAUUAUGACUGUGGACAAGAAGAUGACGUUUUCAGGGACUAUUUCGGCCUUCCCAGCGUCCACCAGAGACGUGUAUCAUUUGUGCUACCAAUUCCAGGACGAACCGUUCACCUACAUUCGUGACUUUACUUUAACCACGUACGGGAUCAUCAGUCUAGACCGCAGUGUAGUACUUGAAAGUGCCACAACUACAGCUCAAAUCACUGGAUUUCGUCUCUCGAACACGGACGAAGUGGGCUGGACUACGAGUUCCAAAACAUGCAGCACAUUACUUGGACGCACUGAAGUUUCGGGGAUGAAGGCUAACCUCUAUUUCGCUGAUAGUUACACUCUGCUUUACUUAUGCUACAGCUUUGAUCGUCAGCCUUUUGACAUUUUCAAAACUGUGACUCUAACUGUAGCCAAAACUGAAAUCUGGACACCUCACAUAGUGUCAAUUAUCGCAGAUCAGACAGCAGAAAUUGUCGUGUCGGGAACAUUUGGAAUUACGCAGGGCACAGAUCAAAUUGCGUGGGUUCCUUCCGACGUUGUGGAGUGCUCAGCUGCUGCUGUAACUUUAUAUGCAGAGGUGAUGCAAACUUCGGUAACAAGUGUCACAAAGUCACAGUCGAUCAUUCCUCACGCUGGCGAGGCUUCUUUCAGCGCGAAAUAUGUUGCGCCUAGUAGUGGCAGUGGGAUCACAGCGUCCGAUAGUUUUUCCACUUGGAAAUUAUGUUACAGAUUUGGAACAACGCCGGACUAUAUCAUGUUUGGGGAUGUGCUGUGUAUGGUGCUGAAUAUUGUCGAGGUGCUGUUACUUUCGAUGGAAACUACGAGUACUGGGGCUGUGAUGAAGUUCCAGUUCGACGGCGUUGGUAUGCAAGACUUUGACACAGCGAAAUGGGUAGACGCCUCCAUGGCUACAGGUGACGCGGACUGUAACAUUUUACCUGCAAUUGGAGGCAGUAAGACGAGUGACGUAGUGAACUCUCGAGCAACAUUUACGUUCGCAGAAGAGAGUAGCUCAAUGGCACUAUGUUACAGAUUUCUAGGUCAUUCAUUCAAGUUGUACGCUGAUAUACCAGUCCAAGACUCGACUACGUCUCGCGCUAGUAUUGGAUCUGCUACCAACUACGAUGAAGAGGCUGUUGCUGCAGUCAGUGACCAAUUUACUGCCAGUCGAGACGUUGCGACGGUAUCGUUAACUCUUGACAAAGACAUCAAUGAAAUACCGCCUGGAUCCAACGCUGAAGCAGCUUUCAAAGCGUCUUUCAUUACCACGAUGGCUGUGUCUUUGGGUAUCGACGCGUCUAGAAUUCAGAUCAAGGAGCUUGUGGCAGGAUCAGUGGUGGUCAACUUCCAGCUUUUGGCUUCUGAUAAUCCCGCAGAUCCGUCGGUGAACGAGGCAGUGCAGGAUCUUCAUAGUCAACUACUGGACACGAGCAGUAACCUCUUGACUAGCAGCACAGUCGUCGUAAAGAACCCUGCUACAGCACUACGUGCUACCGUCACAUCAGUCCCAGCAGCAGCCAGUUCAUCCGUGGCGAUUCAAGCGCUCGGAUACCAGUCGAAUGGACUCUUCUCGUUUGUAAGAAGCAUCUACAGUAUCACUGAGAAAUCAUCCAAGCUGGUGAUUCCAGUUAUUCGUCUUCAAGGAACAUCAUCAGUUGUGUCUAUCGCAGUGCAAGUCCAGACGUUGGGGACUACAGCGGUUUAUGGUAAAGACUACGCGUUCUCAGAUUCUACGACUUUCGAUGCUUCCUUGAUGUUACUUCAUCUACGCUUUGAUAUCGGAGAAUCCUUGGGCACAAUUGAGUUGGAUAUACUGGAUGAUGACGCGAAAGAGGCUCAUUUCAAGCUCAUUUCCUUAGCUUUACAGAGCCCAUCGACAGCUGGAGCAGCACUUGGGUCGACAAAAGAGACCGUGGUUCGUAUUUAUGAUUACGGAGACGGAAUAUCAAUUGCCAAUUCGAGUUUUACGGUUAACGGUGACCAUCCGGAUGAACAGCGAGAUGUUCUGCAAGGUUGGAAGGUUGUUGCCAAUGGGGAAAGCCCGUUGCGUAUCGAUAGCAACGGUAUCUUUGCAGUUGACGAUGUACUUGGUGAAGACGAGUACAACCAGAAGUGCGAUCUUGCUGCUCCUACUGGUGUGUGUACGUACGCGUGUGAGUUGGGUGGAGGACUGACGUCUUCUGGUGGAUUGGAGUCAAGUUACAACGUGCUGUCUCUUAGUGGAGACGACUACGCUGCAAGUAUGAACGGGGUAAGCGCCUUCCCGUCAGAGGCGUUUACAGUGUCGCUAUGGGUGAAGACGACGCAAAGAGAUUCAAGCGCUUGUCUCUAUUCAUACGCCGUGGCUUCGAAGACAGCUCCAGCUGUACCAUUGGCAUUGUGUAACCCUUCCAAUUUGCAACUCUUUAUCAACGCAGAGAGCGACGUGAGCGGGUUGAACACAUUUGUGAACAUCAGUGACAAUGCGUGGCAUUUCCUCGCAGUUACGUGGAGCUCAGAAGAUGGUCGCGUGCAUGUGUUCGACAACGGAAUGCUAGUGUUUGAUGGGGGGCCAUAUCGUGGCGGACAAACACUGGAGUCCAAUGGAUUAUUUGUGGCUGGUCAACUGGUGCUUUCCAGUGCAUCCAGAACACCAUGUACUGUUGGAGCAGAGGCUCUCGCGCAGAGUUACACUGCAACUAGCACUGGUGCGUUAUUUGUUACAACUACAGAAGAUGUGAGCUGCGAUGUGGUGGCCAACAGCGGCUUCAAUGGUCAGAUCCAGCACGUCCACGUGUGGUCACGGACACUCACACGCUCAGAGCUUCUGGGCGAGCUCUCUUGGCCACUGCGGGUCGUCAGCAAUGGCCUCGUCUUGGGGUGGAACUUCGAUACCUCUCACUUAUUGCUACACGGUCGUGUGGUCAAUGAUCUGUCGAUGCAGGGUCAUAGCCAGAAGAACCUCGGUGCACUACACUGCAGCCAGCACAAUACGUUCCAAUUGGCAUCAAACGUAUCCAGUACUAGCACCAACCUCUGUCUAUCUCGAGGUGAGGUUCCCCGACUGGAUGCCACCUUCCCUUGCGGUCCCGUGUUCUCCAACAUUUGGCACUUCUCGGCUCCUGCAAUCUUCGUGUCCAAGCUGAAAGACGCGUAUGGCGGUCGUCUCCAAUACCGUCUCCUCGCACCGAGCUUCAACGGGUCUCCACGACCUCGCCGUGGGCAGGUUUCCAUCUUCAGCACGAAUAGCGACGGCGUUGUGACGCAGAUAUCGGCUGCAUUAGGCUCGUUCAAUCUCCCUUCAGCCUCUCCCUGGACGUACUAUUCAGUCGUAUUGCGUGAAGACUUUGGAUGGAUCACCGAGCCGGAUGGAGACACCCUCAGUGCAGCGGAAUUUGGUGCUGUGCUUGACGGCGCUACAGUGCUCUGGAUUCGAGGAGAUAUCUGGGGCUACGACUCCAAUGGACCAGGACAAGAAGUAGUUUACCUCAACGACGUCGCGCUGUAUGGACGAUAACAAGACAGGAACUAGAAAUUUAUUACGCAACUAAACAAAUGUUAUGUUACCCGUUUCCAUUCUAGU